AAAGCGGCAGCGGGCUUGCAAGAGGGGGGAAAAAAACGUGCUGCUUUUUGUAUUAUGUCAAGUCUGGAAAUAACUACGAGCGCGUGUGGAUAAAUAUAUUUAUUAGUAUCACUUUUUACGUUUCGGCGCUUGGGCAAUAUGGACGAGAACAUACGUGAAAGAAAGUAACAGUGCUCGAUGACGGCAUUAAAUAUGUAUUUGAAGUUGUUGUGUUCCAAUAGACGAGUCACGAAGAAUCCAUUCUACAUAGGAGUCUGCCCUCUUUUUUCUCUCCGGGCGGAGUGGUCGCGUGGGCGCUUGAGCCAAUUGAAAGAGAUAGGCAGCUGCGUUGUCCAAUGAGAGCGCGUGAGGGAAUUGUCCGCCAAAGUGGUAGCCAAUCAGAGCGGCGCGGGGGGCGGAACUCCGGUCCAAACUUUCCGCGGCGCCAUGGGCUGAAAACUAAACCGAGAUGGAAUCUCCCAGUCUGAACCGGUUUCAACCGGUUGCGAGUGAGUUGCUUGAGAGAGGAAAGGAGGUGCAGGCACACAACCUCCAAACCGCCCUGGUGGAAAUUGGAUAAGAGUAACGAUUUUGUCAGCUUUGUGGUAACGUUUGCGUUCGGAAAAAAUGUCUCGGAGUGACAUAUAUCUGGCUUUGCCGUGAUUGUAGUUUUGGAAUCCGCAUCAGUGUGCUCCUGCCGGGCAGACAUCCCUUAGUGCUGGAGUGGACGUCGGAAAGCUUCUCUAAUCAAGUGUGGAGUGCUCACUAAAUCUAGUACAGUCUUUGGGGUCAACACUUUUCAAUCAACGCCCCGGACUUCGAGAGCUCUAUGCCAGCAAUUAUGACAAUGUUAGCAGACCAUGCAGCACAGCAGCUGCUGGACUUCAACCAGAAACUGGAUAUUAACCUGCUGGAUAAUGUGGUGAACUGUCUAUAUCAUGGGGUGGGACCACAGCAAAGAAUGGCACAAGAAGUGUUGACACACCUGAAAGAACAUCCUGAUGCUUGGACAAGAGUGGAUACCAUCCUGGAGUUUUCUCAAAACAUGAACACAAAAUACUAUGCCCUUCAGAUCUUGGAAACCGUUAUCAAAACAAGAUGGAAGAUUCUUCCUAGGAAUCAAUGUGAAGGAAUAAAAAAGUAUGUUGUUGGUCUCAUUAUUAAGACGUCAUCAGAUGCUGCCAAUGUGGAGAAAGAAAAAGUGUACAUUGGAAAACUGAAUAUGAUUCUAGUUCAGAUCUUGAAGCAGGAGUGGCCCAAGCACUGGCCCACGUUCAUCAGUGACAUCGUGGGAGCGAGUCGAACCAGUGAGAGUCUUUGUCAGAACAACAUGAUAAUUCUGAAAUUGCUCAGUGAGGAAGUUUUUGACUUCUCCAGUGGUCAGAUGACCCAGGUCAAAGCCAAACAUCUAAAAGACAGUAUGUGCAAUGAAUUCUCCCAAAUCUUCCAGCUGUGCCAGUUUGUUAUGGAAAAUUCGCAGAAUGCACCCCUUGUCCACGCUACUUUGGAAACUCUAUUACGUUUCCUCAACUGGAUUCCUUUAGGCUACAUCUUUGAAACCAAACUGAUCAGCACACUGGUGUAUAAGUUCCUCAAUGUCCCAAUGUUUCGCAAUGUGACACUGAAGUGUUUGACAGAGAUUGCUGGAGUAAGUGUUAGCCAGUACGAGGAGCAGUUCGUCACACUUUUCACUCUGACAAUGUGUCAGCUCAAGCAGAUGCUUCCUCUGAACACUAACAUCCGGCUGGCCUAUGCCAACGGGAAAGAUGAUGAGCAGAACUUCAUCCAGAACCUCAGUCUGUUCCUCUGUACUUUCCUCAAAGAGCAUGGGCAGCUCAUUGAGAAGCGGCUCAACCUAAGAGAAACUUUAAUGGAGGCCCUUCAUUAUAUGCUGCUGGUGUCAGAAGUGGAGGAGACUGAGAUUUUCAAAAUUUGUCUGGAGUAUUGGAACCACCUUGCUGCUGAGCUCUACAGAGAAAGUCCCUUCUCAACAUCCACUUCCCCGCUUCUCUCUGGCAACCAGCACUUUGAUGUUCCACCUCGCAGGCAGCUUUACCUGCCUGUACUCUCUAAGGUGCGUCUGCUGAUGGUAAGCCGAAUGGCCAAACCAGAGGAAGUCCUGGUGGUGGAGAAUGACCAAGGGGAGGUUGUCAGAGAGUUCAUGAAGGACACCGAUUCAAUAAAUCUCUACAAGAACAUGAGAGAAACACUUGUGUACUUGACUCACUUGGACUAUGCAGACACAGAGCGCAUAAUGACAGAGAAGCUUCACAACCAGGUAAAUGGUACAGAGUGGUCGUGGAAAAACCUCAACACACUAUGUUGGGCCAUUGGCUCCAUCAGUGGGGCGAUGCAUGAAGAGGAUGAAAAGAGGUUCCUGGUCACAGUCAUUAAGGAUCUACUGGGUCUCUGUGAGCAAAAGAGGGGAAAGGACAACAAGGCCAUUAUAGCCUCCAACAUCAUGUACAUUGUAGGCCAGUAUCCUCGCUUUCUCAGAGCCCACUGGAAGUUCCUCAAAACGGUGGUCAACAAACUAUUUGAGUUCAUGCAUGAGACUCAUGAUGGAGUUCAAGACAUGGCUUGUGAUACAUUCAUCAAGAUCGCCCAGAAGUGCCGGCGUCACUUCAUCCAGGUGCAGGUGGGAGAAGUGAUGCCCUUCAUUGAUGAGAUUCUGAACAACAUCAAUACCAUCAUUUGUGACCUUCAGCCACAGCAGGUGCACACGUUCUAUGAGGCGGUAGGUUAUAUGAUUGGGGCACAGACAGACCAAGCUGUACAGGAGCAUCUGAUUGAGAAGUACAUGUUGCUGCCUAAUCAAGUGUGGGACAGUAUCAUCCAGCAGGCCACCAAGAAUGUAGACAUUUUGAAGGACCCAGAGACCGUGAAACAACUGGGCAGCAUCCUAAAGACAAACGUCAGAGCCUGUAAGGCUGUGGGACAUCCAUUUGUCAUUCAACUGGGAAGGAUUUACCUCGAUAUGCUCAAUGUGUACAAGUGCCUCAGCGAGAACAUAUCUGCUGCCAUUCAGACAAAUGGUAUGGGAGGAGAGAUGGUGACCAAGCAGCCUCUGAUCAGGAGCAUGAGGACUGUGAAACGAGAGACCUUAAAACUGAUCUCAGGCUGGGUCAGCAGAUCCAACGAUCCACAGAUGGUGGGUGAGAACUUUGUACCCCCGCUGUUGGACGCCGUCCUCAUUGACUAUCAACGGAAUGUCCCAGCUGCCCGGGAGCCUGAGGUUCUCAGCACCAUGGCAACCAUCGUCAACAAGCUGGGGGGACACAUCACGAGUGAGAUACCCCAAAUCUUUGACGCCGUCUUCGAGUGCACUCUAAACAUGAUCAACAAGAACUUUGAGGAGUAUCCUGAGCACAGAACCCACUUCUUCUAUCUACUGCAAGCUGUCAACUCACACUGCUUCCCUGCAUUCCUCGCCAUCCCCCCCGCACAAUUCAAACUGGUGCUGGACUCCAUCAUUUGGGCCUUCAAGCACACCAUGAGGAAUGUUGCCGACACUGGUCUGCAGAUUCUCUACACGAUGCUGCAGAACGUGGCCCAAGAGGAAGCAGCAGCUCAAAGCUUCUACCAAACGUAUUUCUGCGACAUCCUGCAGCACAUCUUCUCUGUGGUCACUGACACGUCUCACACCGCAGGUCUCACCAUGCACGCUUCCAUCCUGGCCUACAUGUUCAACUUGGUGGAGGAGGGCAAGAUCACCACAGCACUAAACCCCGCCUCCCCUGCCAACAACCAGGUGUUCAUUCAGGAAUACGUGGCCAACUUGCUGAAGACUGCCUUCCCUCACCUGCAGGACGCUCAAGUUAAGGUGUUUGUGACCGGCUUGUUCAGCCUAAACCAGGACAUUCCUGCCUUCAAGGAGCACCUUCGGGACUUUCUCGUCCAGAUUAAGGAGUUCGCCGGCGAGGACACCUCUGACCUUUUCCUGGAGGAGCGGGAAGCAUCGCUUCGUCAGGCUCAGGAGGAGAAACACAAAAUCCAAAUGUCAGUCCCUGGCAUCCUCAACCCACACGAGAUCCCAGAGGAGAUGUGUGACUGAGGCUCCAUGGAAGUGUACAGGACACACCGAACAACAAACCACGGCAAACACAACCCAAGAAAGGCACUCGAGUGUGAUGGACAGCUCCGCCCCCUCAGCGGAGACAAUUGUAAAUGAUUCAAUGUGGCCCUUUUGCAUCACGUACCUUUUGUACUCAGACUUUUUCUCCAGUAUGUUUCCAAAAGUUGCUUUUUGUCAUGAUGAGGACACUUUAACCAUCUUGUCUUUGUGUUCCUUCAGUCUCCCUUACAUUUGUUGAUAUAUAAAUAUUAUAUAUUCGCACGGUCCGGGCAGGGUUGGCAUUAAGUCUGAGUCAGGCUUGUAUCGUGGCGGUGAGGUUUUCGGUGGGAGAAUGUGAAUCUAACGGCUAUUGAAUGAAGGUUUGGGGAAAUGCUAAGUUGAUGAGUCAGUGUUUUUUCAUGGUUUGUGUGUAACCUGAGUAAGUUUCAACACUUUUUGUAAGGAAAGUAAACUUGUGCAUAUCAUCCCAAUUGUAUAGCAUCUUUAAUACCAUGGGAACAUUUUUUCCUCUUAUUCUAUUGUUUCUUUGGUGUGUGCGUGUGUGCGUGCGUGUGUAUACUGUCGCAUAGUCGACAUCAGGCUUUUGUUUUCCUCUAAGAGGAUUGUUGCUCACUUGUGAGCCUCCAUUAAUGGGACAUUGAAAGGAGGUUGUCGGAAGUAUUUAUGGCUUUUUGGUUGCAUCUUUCUAACGCCUCAGAUGGCUUUCAACAUGUUGAACUUCCAUACAGGACAGGACACUAUUCCUACUUAACAAAUGGCAAACAAAACAAACCGGGUUUACAUUCAAUUUUGUAUUUUUCAUUCCUAUGUUUUGAGUUCUGAGCAAAUAAAACCAUACAGCAAAUCCAUCUUAGAGUACUUUAAUUAGGCUACAGAAUGUAUACAAGUACCCAGUCUCACUUCUCAAGGUGUUACAAUUUUUGUGAACUUUUUGAACUGAUUAAAAUUGAGAAUUUUACAA